AUGUACGGAGCGCGCACCCGGAUCGGCGCACAAAACGCAAAGGCUCGGCUUGCCGACUCCUAUGCCCAGCUUCUCCGGGAAAUAAUGGCACCUGAACCAACCAAUGUCGGAAACUAUACCAUCAUUCGACAAUUGGGUGAGGGCUCCUUUGGCAAAAUUUACCUGGCCGUACAUAGACUCACCCAUACAAGAGUCGUGCUUAAAUGCGCUGCUAAAACUGACCCACAACUGGUGCGCGAGAUCCACCACCACCGACUACUGAGGCACCCUCACAUUGCCCAGUUUUACGAGUACAUUGUGACUGAGUCUGCAGUUUGGCUAGUCAUUGAAUAUUGCCCACGAAAUGACCUCUACGGAUACCUCGUCAAGCGCCGUCGCCUGCCUGAAGACGAAACCCGCAGAUUGUUUGCACAGAUUUGUGGUGCAGUCGCUUACACUCACUCAAGACAUUGUGCCCACCGUGACCUUAAGUUGGAAAACAUUCUGCUCGAUAAGCAUGCUAAUGCAAAGCUCUCGGACUUUGGGUUUACGCGCGAGUUACCAACCCCGCAUGCGCUGCUGGAAACUGUCUGCGGGACCACGUGCUACAUGGCACCUGAGGUUCUUGCUCGCAAAAGGUAUUCUGGAGAAGCUGUUGAUGUGUGGGCACUUGGGGUCAUUUGCUAUACACUGUUAUAUGGUGAAAUGCCCUUUGAGGAGGAUUCAGAUGCAGAUACCCGGUUAAAAGUAAUGACUGAAGAACCAGCAUACCCAGCCGAUGGAGAAGCAAUAGUAUGUCCUGAAGUUCUGAAGCUUUUACAAAGCAUGUUGUCUAAGGACCCGCGCAAGCGGCCGGCCGUGGUUGAGAUUCUACGCAGUGCGUGGAUGGGUGCCGAGGGCGCUGCUCAACUUGAGAUUCUCGGGGUCCCUGACAAGUCGUUGUUUUCGACACGGGCAGAGCGCCGGCUCUUGCGCAAGUUUCAUGCUGUUCAAUUCGAUACUGAUGCCAUGCGCGAAAGUGUGGUUUACUGUAAGUGUGACGCACUGGCAGGUACUUGGGCACUGGCACUUCGGCGUGAGGAAAAACUGGAAGCUCGCCGCUCAACACGCACGCACAGCGUGAGUUUAUCGCGGUACUCAUCCAGUGGUCGCCGAGACUCGAGUGUGUCUGUGCUGCGGCGUGAGGAAUCACGGAGAAACAGCGAGACCCGGAGAGAAUUGACAGCAACUGCUACAACAGCACCUGCAACCGUGGCCGAAGAGCCUCCACCGGUAAACCCCACACAGGCAGUGAAACCACCUGUUGUUGCUACUGAGGUGGUGGUACAUCAUGACCAUACGGAUGUAGCUACGAUUCCAGAGUCUGUACAAGAAUCAGUACCAGACUCUGUGACGAAACCGAAAAAAAAGUUUGUGGCAGCCGUUAAACAAGCUUGGAUGAAGCUAAUGGUACCUUCAACACGCGGAAAGAUUCACUCACGACCUAGCACGGCGUCUUCGGUUGCCAGUACGAGCUCUGAGGAUAAUAGCAUUAAAGAUGGCAGAAUUGAGGAUGAAGAGACGACCCCAACAAGUGGAGGAGGUGGAGGAGGAUCUGAUACUAUUGCGCAUCCAGCCGACAAGAAUAAGCCCCAUUUAUCUCCUGCGUUUUCAUUUGUUCCGCAGGUAUCUUCGGGACCUACGGCAUCUAUUCCAACGAUUAGCACAACUCCUGUAUUCCCUCCAGGGCAAAUGUUUGUUCGGCCUGCACGGCCGGUUUCUCAGAUAUCCCAGUUUUCAGCAGUAUCUACAGCUUCGUCCCAGGUUUCCGACUCGGAAAUGUCGCUGCUGAAUAUGCCUGGACUUGUUUUCCCAGGGAACACGCCGAGCGGGACCUCACCGAAACGACACCAUUCACUUACAGGUGCACCUCCACAAUACCUUAGACGGCCGUAUAUGGGUAGGCGGUCUACGUCCUCGUCCUUUUCGUCGAUCCACAGUGUAACGACACCACGGACGCAGCCUAGUAAGCAUAAGCGGACCCACUCAAAGGCAUCAUCAGUUUCGAGUUUAUCGUUAAAGUCCGACGCGUCAGUUUUACAUCGAGGAAAUAGCGUUUCGAGUACAACAAGUAAAAAGGGUGCUGGGAGAAGCAGUGGGGGUCCUGGGUUUACUCGUCACCAUUCCACACCGUCGUCUUCACGUGCUACUUCUCGAGUAGCAUCUCCUGAUUCAUUGAGAUCAACGUACUCUGGUGCCUCAUCAUCAAUGGCAUCCGGGACCUCUGGGACUCCACGUGCCGUAGCUUCCAAUAGUGGUAGUAGUGGACGGAGGGCAAGGUCGCGACGCGGGUUAUCGCGCACAGUGACGCCUACAAAUGGGUUUGUUUUGCCAAUUACGCGAGCUGGGUCUCCAUUUAUUUCACGACGUGGGGAAAGAAAUGAUUAUGGUAUUAGUCGGCAUCUUGGAGGGCUGGACAGUAGUCUUGGUCUUGGGAUAACGCGACAGGGCACACCACCGAUUCGAGGCCGAGCUGGACAGCCUCAUUUAGGAGAUGCUCGGAUGCCUGGGAGUGGAGGGGUAGUAGUAGGUAAUGGGAUGUUUGGUAAUCUUGGAGGGUAUAGUAAGACUGGAGGAGGAGGUGGAGGUGGAGGUGGAGGUACUCGGCCAUCCCAGGCUAGCGUGAUAUUCGAAGGAGAAGAAGAUGAUGAUGAUUAUGAAGAGAUUGAUGAUGAUGAUGAAUUGGAACUAGAAGAGGAAGAGGAAGAGGAAAUGGGAGGAGAAGAAGAAGAAGAAGAGGAAAUGGAGGAUCUGGUAGGGAAUGUUGGCAAUGUUGUGAAUGUUGUGAAUGUUGUGAAUGGUAAUGGUGGUGGUAGAAGUGGAAAUGGAAAUGAUGAUUAUGAUGGUGAUAGAAAUGUCAAUGGAAGUGGUAAUGGAAAUGGUGGGGAUUACAUUCUGGGACUGUAA